GGAGGCUGAGGUGGCGAUGGCGGAUUUUGAUCCUUACGACGAUCGGGCCUACAGCAGCUUCGGCGGCGGCCGGGGGUCUCGUGGUGGCGGCCUUGGUUCCCGCAAACAGAAAGAGCUGCCAACAGAACCCCCUUUCACAGCAUAUGUGGGAAAUCUACCCUUCAACACUGUUCAAGGAGACAUAGAUGCCAUCUUCAAGGAUCUCAGUGUAAGGAGUGUACGACUAGUCAGAGACAAGGAAACAGACAAAUUUAAAGGAUUUUGUUACGUAGAGUUCGAUGAGGUGGAGUCACUCAAGGAAGCUCUUACGUAUGAUGGUGCACUUUUGGGUGACCGAUCACUCCGAGUGGACAUAGCAGAAGGCAGAAAACAGGAUAAAGGUGGCUUUGGCUUCAGAAAAGGUGGCGGGCCUGAUGACAGAGGAAUGGGAGGAGGUUCCCGAGAAUCCAGAGGAGGUGGAUGGGAUUCCAGAGAUGACUUCAAUUCUGGAUUCAAAGAUGAUGACUUCUUGGGAGGCCGGGGUAGAGGAACCCGCCCUGGAGACCGGCGACCACCAGGUGCCUCAAUGGGAAGCGGUGGCACUGGUCGUUUCAGAGAUGGGCCUCCCCUCCGUGGAUCUUCCAUGGACUUCAGAGAGCCAACAGAAGAGGAAAGAGCACAGCGACCCCGACUUCAGCUCAAACCUCGAACAGUUGCUACUCCCCUCAAUCAAGUAGCCAACCCAAACUCCGCUAUCUUUGGUGGAGCCAAGCCCCGAGAGGAAGUAGUAAAAGAGCACGACUGAGUUUGGGGUUGAGAGGGAAUGGGGAGGCGGGAGAAAAAGCAAGACAGUACAGAGUGACUAGCUCUGCUGGAAUGUCGACCCUGCAGUUUACCAUUCCUGCCAUCUGGCAUUUGUCCUCUUUGAAACCGAAAACACAGAGCUUGUGAAUGCAUGUCAGCUGUUAACAAGUGGUUUUUAGUACGUUCUUGGCUUUGCUGUAUCUAGUGCCUGCUUUGUGCUGAGUUUCCCUCUUCUGUUUCCUUCCAAGCAGCACAGUUGCCAGUAGAUAAGGCAGUGUAGCUGCUUCCACGAGUGUGGAGGUCUCUGGACAAAGGUGCUGCUUCAACUUCUUCCUUUCUGGGUUUGUUUUACUUUAGAAGCACAGGUUAGACUUAGUUAUUGCCCUGUAUUGUUUCCUUUUACUUCCUCAGUGCUCCUCUUCUGACCUGCAUGUCUUGUUCUGUAUUGCUGUGGCUCUGAAGAGGAAAACUGGAGAGUCCAGAUGAGUCGAACAGAGAAAUUCACAGUUCUAACCAAGUAGUGAAAUACCAUUUAUGACAAUUGGUGAUAGAGUUACUGUAUACAGCAGAGCCCCUUAUAAAACUAAGGGGGACAGCUGCCCUUUCACACAGCUUCCCAGGAAGUAUCCAUUUAAUAGAUGCAAAUAAAAUUGGCUGACAAGAAGCCUGGUGAAUAGGUAGUAGAAUCGGUAUGGAUAAAGCAUCUGCCAGCAGGCUCUUGCUGGUGGCUGUCUAUUGACUUCAAAAUGGUAUGAUACUACACCUCUGAGCUCAAGGUUAGUGCUGCAAAAGUGUGCCUCUUUGAGCACAGCUGCUCACUGGCUCUUUCUGCUUACAUUUUUUUUGGGGGUUUUACAUGUUUGGUAAAUUUUUAAACAAAGUUUCUACAAAUAAAAUUGACUUUUUAUUUUUGUUUAAGGAGUGUAUACUUUGCCAUGCAGUAUGUAAUCGCCAUUAUCCCCUGUAUUUCUUUGCCCAGUGGUGUACAGUUUUAAGACCUCGGCUUUCAGAAUACCUUGAGAACGGGCAGAUUAGAAAUCCUUCUGCUAUAGACUCUCUUCAUGUAGAAGUUUGGGUAAAAAGCAUUUCUAGUUUCUGCAUCUCUCUUCGCUUGAAAUGUUUCUUGCCAGUGUUGUUUGGGAGGAGGGAGCGGAGCGGGAGGCUGGAGUGAAAGGAAGAGAGAUCAUUAAUGUUUAAAACCAAAACCUGGAUCUGUAACACUGAAGUGUGGAUAUGUCCAAUGCAUGAGAAAAUCUUGGGCCCCUAAUGCUGGUGCUGACAGCUUUCCAGUAAAACAGCCGGCACACCAGAGUACUUGCAAGAGGAGUUUGGAAGCAUGGCCGCUUCACUACCGGCAGCACCGCUAGUAGCGAAUUUCCUCCCUGAAGUUACCUUUGUAAUGUCAGAGUCCCAGCAAUUUACAGAACUACUCUUUCCUUCCUUCUGCCUGUCACUUAAUCUGCUUCUGAGAUAAGAACCAUUUGUCUAACACUAAUACUUAAUUUAAGACAGACAUGCAUUUGUGUGGUUGUAUUCCAAACCAAUAAUUGACCUAUUUACAUCUUCAAUGUGGAAAAGAUUUUUAAGAACAAAUUCCCACAUAAAACCUCACCUCUAGUCAAGACAGUUGACUUUUAAAUGUAAAAAAAAAAAAAAAAAAAAAAGAAAAAAAGGAAAAGAAUUCCAAACACUUAACACAUUCUGCUUCAUAACAAAAUAAAUUUAUGGAUAUGGUAUUUUGUGAAUGAUCUUUUAAAUAAAAGAAAACAUUAAGUAA